AUGCCAUUCAAACCCGAAGGCCACACGGAGAUGGCAAUAACCGGCACCAACAAGGGGCACCAAGUGGCAAUCAACGGCUUCAUUGCAUGGCUCCUAAUCAUCACGGCGUUUGUGAUAUAUUUCCUCUGGGCAUUUCUCCCCGGGCCUGUGUUGGACUGGGCGCUCUUUAACUACUACCCCGACAAGUACUGGGCUGUGGCAAUGCCGGCGAUCCUCAUCAUGUCAGCGGUGUACUACCUCUCUACCUCUUUUCUGCUGAUGUUGUACCGGACGAACCCGCUCACCGAUGGUUUCUGCGUCGCCGACGCGAACGCAAAGGAGGAUCGUCACAGCCUUGAUAGUUUGUCCGAGGUCAAAGAAAGCGUCCCACAAAUUAACGACAUACCUGUUGGAGUGACCAGCCGACUCCUGUUCCAGCCGUGGUACUGA